AGGAAACGACGCAGGCGUUGGGAGAAUGUGUGCGGGGGGGGGUUGUCGCUCUUUCAAGGCCUGGUUGGCGGUAGCUGAGUUUCGUUUUGUAUAUUUGCAUACACAGAGUUGACUGUGCUAUUCAAUCAAAAUUAUGGGAUUAUUUGACAAACUAGCAGGCUGGCUUGGUCUGAAGAAGAAAGAAGUUCAUGUUUUGUGCCUCGGACUGGACAAUAGUGGCAAAACAACAAUUAUUAAUAAGCUCAAACCAUCUAAUGCUCAAACUCAAGAUAUUGUUCCCACAAUAGGAUUCAGUAUAGAAAAAUUCAAGACAUCAAGUUUGUCAUUCACUGUGUUUGAUAUGUCGGGACAAGGUAGAUACAGAAAUCUUUGGGAACACUACUACAAAGAUUGCCAGGCCAUUAUUUUUGUCAUUGAUAGCAGUGACAAACUAAGAAUGGUUGUGGCCAAAGAGGAACUUGACACCCUCAUGAAUCAUCCAGAUCUUAAACAUCGACGAAUACCAAUUUUGUUCUUUGCAAACAAGAUGGACCUCAGGGAUGCUGUGUCAUCAGUAAAGGUAUCUCAGUUAUUAGUCUUGGAGAACGUCAAAGACAAGCCAUGGCAUAUCUGUGCUAGUGAUGCUCUUAAAGGAGAAGGAUUGCAAGAAGGUGUAGACUGGCUUCAAGAUCAGAUCCAAGUAAUGAAGACAUGAAAAGCCAAUGAGUUAUGCAAAUACCCUUGAAGAUAGACUUUUUGGGGUUCGUUUUUCCUUCUGUUGGCUUUUAUAAAAGCCCAAUAAAAGUAAAAUAUUAUUUUUUGUAAGUAAAUGCAGUAGCUCAGAUGUACAUUCAUCAAAUUGACCUAAAAUUUGCAUGUGGCUAGAAUAUUAAAAUCAUUGUAUACAAUCUAAAAAUGCUGGUGUAUUUGAGUUAGGAACUCAAGAAGAGAAUAUUUUUAGUAUCAAAUUUGACUCCUUGAUUACUCAUCAUAGUGAUUCAUUCAGAAGUACACACUGCAGUGGACUUUUAUCAGAAUGUAAUAGUUUUAUCUUGCUCAGAAAACAAUGAAAUUUUCCAUACCAUUUCUAGCAAAUAUUUGGUUGAUGGGUCUACUUCAUGCAUGAAUCCAAUCCUGAGUUUUUAUAAGUUAUUGCGAAUGUUUAUGAAUAAUUUUCUGUUUAUAUGUACUGAAUUAUAUUGUGUAAGAAGUGAAACAAUAUUUUCAUAAAUAAAAUAUAUUAACAUACUGUGUAUUUAAGAUGGCAUGUUAAAUAGCAUCUAAGACAUAAAGUAGUCU